CUCCGUACCCACGUGACGUCUCUCCUGUCGUGAGACGGGACAAAUUCGUCUUCAUAAGACCCUCCACUCCACUGUCGUGCCUGGAGCUCGUCUCGGCCGGUUGCACCAUGAAGUUGCUGCUACUCCUUUCACUCUUCGGAGUAUUCCUGUCCUCCAUAGAAGCUGAGGUGGUCGUCUGCUACUUCAGUUCCUGGGCUGUGUACAGACCAGGAGAAGGAAAGUUUGACGUGGAAGACGUGGACCCAGCUCUCUGCACCCAUCUCAUCUAUGCCUUUGCCGGACUGGAUCCCACUAGCUAUGAGAUUAAGGUUCUGGACCCCUGGAACGACUUGUGUGACGGCGGAGGCAAAUGUGCAUAUGACCGCUUCGUGAAACUCAAGAAGAGGAACGUCAACUUGAAGACCAUCUUGGGAGUCGGCGGAUGGAACGAAGGUUCAGCCUCUUACUCUGCGAUGGCAGCAGAUGCAGGGAAGAGGAAGACCUUCGUGGACUCUUCAAUUGCUUUGCUGAAGACCCAUGGCUUCGAUGGCCUGGACAUGGACUGGGAGUAUCCUACACAGCGAGGUGGCAAUCCUGAGGAUUACACUAACUUCAUCACCCUCCUAAGUGACCUGAAGGAGGCUCUGCACGCAGAGGGGAUGAUACUCACAGCUGCUGUGUCUGCUGGUAAACAAACCAUCGACCCAGCUUAUGACGUCCCAGCUAUGUCCCAACACCUUGACCUUAUCAACCUGAUGGCUUAUGAUCUGCACGGCAGCUGGGAGAAAUACACCCACCACCAGUCUUGCCUUUACCCUCACCCAGACGAUACUGGCGACAAUCUCUACCUAAAUGGGGACUUCGCUGUCAACUACUGGCUAGAUAAGGGUGCCCCGGCAAACAAGCUGGUUUUGGGUAUUCCUCUGUAUGGCCGAACAUGGAGGCUUGACUCUACAUCUGAAACUGGAUUCUAUGCUCCCGCGUCUCAAGCUGGCACUGCAGGGCCAUUCACUAGACAAAACGGAUUCUUGGGCUACAACGAAAUCUGCGACUUCCAAAGGACAGAGGACUGGACCAUCGUUCAUGACCCUGCCAUGCACGAGCCUUACUCUUACUCCAUCUCCCACAACCAAAUAUGGGUAUCCUAUGAAGACCCUGAUUCCGUAGCCAUUAAGGCCCAGUACGUUUUAGACAAGGGCUUGGCUGGUUGCAUGGUCUGGAGUGUCGAGACUGACGACUUCCACGCCAAAUGCCACGGUGAGCCGUUCCCUCUUCUCAUGUCCAUCAACGAAGCCUUGAGUGGAGGCCACUUCACGAGGCCACCAACCUUGGAACCAGAUACCACUCGGGACCCCUUCGCAACCACCCCUCCUCCAACUCCACCUCCACCAUCUCCUCACUGCAGCGUAGUAGGACCCAACCCCGAUUCGAACGACUGCACCCACUACUACAUGUGCACGAUCGACACUGCAGGAUGGGUGGAACUUGAGAAUCAAUGCCCAGCAGGAACACUCUUCAAUCCCAAUGCCCUGUACUGCGACUGGACAGACACCGUGUGCUCAUUGCCGGAUAAGCCUUGCCCUAAUGAUUGCCCAGCUUACCUUACCAAUAACUUAAUAUAAAGACUAUUACCCGAUUCUGGGUAUCAUAUCACCUUUUACAACAAAUAUUGACACUUUGACGUAUCAAGUGUACUACAAAAAGUUAUUGUAUCUUAUCAUAACUUUUUCUUAUAUCAUGUAACACGAGUUUGUUGCGCACGAAGAAUAAAGUAUUAACCAUUC